CCGGCGUAUGUUAUUUCUUUCUUCCUCGCCAUCGAUUUGAAUCUGUAAAUUUAUCGAAUAACCUAGAAUUUGUUUUUUACUAGAUUUCUUCAAUCAUGGCUUCCAUUUCGCAAAAGGAUUUUCCUGCUGAUGAUCAGCAGAGAACAAAAAUUCCAAAUAAGAAUUGUAAAAGAAAAAAUAAAAAAUCCAAAAUUAAAUCAUUCUCCACAGCAACUCGUGGACGUGGGACUGGUUUUCCAAUCAACCCUUUUAAUUUCUCAUCUCUUCUCUAUGAUACAAAUAUCAAGAAAUUGGCUGAACAAGCAGAAAAAUAUCCAUCAUUCAAUCAGAUGGCUCAACAGGAUGGUCUCCUUAAAUCUCAUAAACGGAAGACUUUUUCAAUCAUGAGAAGGAUCAUAUUUAGUGAUGAUUUAUGGACCUUGGCUGAGCGCCUGAGUGAUGCAUUGGUGCAGGACCCAUCAACGUCUUCCAUGCUUGAAAUUUACGUCAAACUAUCAUUUGAAGGCAAACGUAAACGGGGAACAGCACAAGUCGACAGAGAUCCAUGUUUGAAACUUAUUUUAGAUGAGAUAGAGAGUGGUGGUCCUGCUGUACUGAUGAGAUACUGGAAUGAUGAGAGGGUUUUGAAGAUGUUUGGACUAGUCAUGGGCAUUUCUCUAGGUCCUGGAGAUGCAGUUUAUUCUGAAAAUUUUGGGUCAUUUGUUCAUCAUACUGCUAUUAUUGGCAACGUCAAGUUGUGCUGUCAGAAUUUGAAGGAACUUCCCAGCAACCGAGUGUCUCCCCAAUCGUCAUCAAAGUACAAAUGCAAACAAACAGAAAGAACACAGGAAACACAGGAAGAGCAUUCUUUGGCUGUAUUGAUGCUCAAACUCAAUCUAGUGGACCUUCUCUUUAGACGUGCACCUUGUAACCCUCUUCCUUAUUAUUGGUGCGGCUAUGUGAGGACUCAGUCUGGUGGCUGUUCAAGGGUUAAAUCUUCAGCUUCUACCCACAACCUACCUGAUCAAGAAACCCAGCUGGGGGCUGGGAAAGAAGGGUUGCUUACUAUCCUGGCUAGAGUUACCAGUGAGACUCCUUCCGCUCGAUUCGCACAAGAAUUUGUUCUAGUUCUCUUUUUGUAUCAUUGCCUUUGCACCAUGCCUUGUGUCCAGUGUGAUGAAGUAGUCAAGGCGGUCGAGGCAGCGGUCGAGGCAGCGAAAUACCGGAUAAUCCACAAUUUGUAUAGAGAAAGUUCAGAGGUUGAGUGAGAUCAAGGGUGUCAGAACUCAGAAUAGUCAAUUGAUGGGUCAUUUUGCCAAUGCUCUUUACAUUGGAGCCCCCACCUUGAACCCCGUCAAUACAUUUUUAAAAAUUUACAUUGAUAAGUUGUUGAAAAAUUAUUAGAAAGACGUAUUUAAAUAUGUGAACUUAAAAAGAUAGAGACAAUUGUAUGCAUAAACAAAUGGUCAAGAAGUUAUUUAUUUUAUAAUCUAUUUUGAAAUGUUGAACAGA